AUGGUUGUUGACAUUCAUCGCUGUAGGUUUGUGGACUAUCAACCACAUACAAUCACAAGUUUAAGUUUUAGUCAUAAAUCUACAAAGAAAUUUUCUUCACAAGAUUUACGUUUAGCAGUUGCAAGAAAUAAUGGUGAUAUUGAAAUAUGGAAUCCAAAGAAUAAAUGGAUCCAUGAAACUACUUUAUACGGUGGGAAAGAUAGAAGUAUAGAAGGUCUUGUAUGGUCUACAAGAGAAAAUGAAGAACCAAGAUUAUUUUCAAUUGGUGGUUCUACUGUUAUAACUGAAUGGAAUUUAAUUACUGGUAAACCAUUAAAACAUUUUGAUUGUAAUGCAGCUAUAAUUUGGUCAAUUUCUAUAAAUGAAUCUCAAGAUAAGAUUGCAGUGGGUUGUGAUGAUGGUACUAUAGUUGUUGUUGAUAUUUCUGGUGGUCCAGGUUCUAUUGAACAUUAUGCAUUUUUACAAAGACAAGAAUCAAGAAUCUUAAGUGUUGUUUGGAAAAAUGAUGAUUAUAUUAUUGGUGGUUGUGCUGAUGGUCGUAUUAGAGUUUGGAAUUUUGGUGGUGAUUUUCAAAUUCAUAAAUAUAGUUUAAUUUCUACAAUGAGAGUUGAUAAAUCUAAAACUGAAUCAACUUUAGUAUGGUCUGUAUUAUAUUUACCAAUUCAAAAUCAAAUUAUUAGUGGUGAUUCAACAGGUUCAAUUAAAAUUUGGGAUUUUACACAUUUUACAUUAUUACAAAGUUUUAAAGUUCAUGCUGCAGAUAUUUUAACUUUAACAACAGAUUUUAAUAAUGAAUCAAUUUUUUCAGCUGGUGUUGAUAGAAAAAUUUUCAAAUUACAAUUAAUUGAUUCAAAUAAUAAUAAUAGUAACUCCAACAAGAAACAAUUGAAAUGGAAUAUUGUAUCAAAUAGAUUAUUCCAUUCAAAUGAUGUUAGAUCAAUCACAUCAUAUGAAUCUAAAAAUUAUAAUUUCUUAAUUUCUGGUGGUGUGGAAAAAAGUAUUGUUGUAAGUUCAUUAAAAUCAUUUACAGAUGGUCAAUAUAGAAAAAUCUCAUUUAUCCCACAAGAAGAACAUGUUGUUAUGAAUAAAUCACAAAAUUUAAUCAUACUAUGGCAAGAACAAACCAUUAAAAUAUGGAAAUUAUUAAAACGUAAAAUUGUGGAAGAAUCUGAUGAAGAAGAAGAUGACCAAGAAGAUGAAGAAAUGAAAGAUGUUGAAGAUGUUGAAGAUAAAGAUGAUGAUUUCUUAAUUGGUAAUUAUAAAGAUUCUUAUGAAUUAGUUUCUAAAUUAACUUUAGCAGAUGAAGAUAAUAUUACAUCAGUUGCAAUUUCUCAAGAUGGUUCAAAAUUAGCAGUUGGUAGAUUAUCAACAACAAAAUUAUUUAAUCUUUCAAAUAAACCAAAUUCUAAUAAGUUAAAAAUUAAUAAAAUUAAUCAUCCAGAAUUAAAUUCAAAAGGUUCAAAAUUUUUAUUAUUUAAUGAUAGUUCAUCAUUAAUUUUAUCAACUCCAGAAAAUGAAAUUUUUAAAAUUUCUUUAGAUGAAGAAGAUGAACAAUCAAUUAUUGAAUAUGAAUUAAGUGAUUUACCAAAAAAUAAAUCAAAAUUAACAUAUAUUGAAAACAUUAAUAAUUUAAAAUUAACUUCAAAUAAUUCAAAAUUAAUUGUAUCAAGAAUUUCAGGUGCAAUUGAUAUUAUAGAUUUAGAAUCAUCAUCAUCAACAAAUGAAUCAAUUCAAAGUAAACCAUUCUUAAGAUUAUCAAGUUUUAUAAAUAAAUUAGAAAUCACAUUACAAAACACUUUAAUUGUUUUAACUCAAGAAAAUAAAAUUUAUGAAUUUGAAUUAAAUUUUGAUGGUUUAAAUUCUUCAGCACAUUUAACAAAUUGGUCCAAAAUUAAUUCAGAAUUUUUACCAAAACAAUUUAUAAAUCAACAAGAAAUUGCACAUGGUUGUUUCUUAGAUAAAACCGAUAAUUAUAAAAUUUGGAUAUAUGGAUCAAAUUGGAUUUCAUUUUUCCAAUUAAAUCAAAACAUUCCAAUUAAUAAUUCUAAAAAAGAUGCCAAAAAACGUAAUAGACAAGGUCAUCAAAUUGGAUUAAAUAAUGAAUUUGAUGAUAUGGAUUAUGAAUUUGAAGAAAGUGAUGUUGAAGAACAAGAUUUUGAAAAUGAUGGUUUAAAUUAUCAAGAUCGUUUAAUUGAACGUGCAGAUUUUAUAAAAGAAUUAAAUAAUGAUGAAAAUAAUGGUAAUAAUAAAGAUGGUAUACCAUUUGGAAUUACUAAAAAAUAUAAAUCAAUCUUGUUUGCUAAUUGUUUAAAUAAUGGUGAAUUAAUCAUUAUUGAAAGACCUUCAAGUUUAUUACCAAAAACUCCUGCAUUUAAAUUAAAUCAAAUUAAAGUUUGA